AUGGGGUUAGGUUGUUCUGAGGGUUACUUCUGGGACGGCCUGGUCAGGAAGUGUCUGACCUGUCAGAUGGUCUGCCAGCAGCCCCAUCGCCACCUCAGAUGCAUUGAGUACUGUGGUAAGUUCUCAUACACACAAACGCAUGCCGGGGGAAAUUACACAUACUCUGACUUGAGAAGUCAAUGAGAUCCCGUAUGAUUGUCCAUAUGACUCAAUCAGUGGACGCUGCUGAGGGGAGGACGGCUCAAAAUAAUGUCUGGAACGGAGCAAAUGGAAUGGCAUCAAACACACGGAAAUCAUGUGUUUGAUGUAUUUGACACCAUUCCACCUAUUCCGCUUCAGCCAUUACCACAAGCCUCUCCUCCCCAAUUAAGGUGCACCAACCUCCUGUGGACUCAAUCUACGAAGUUAUACAUAGAGAUAAAGUGCCUAUCAUAAGUAUUCACCCCAUUGGAUUUUUUCACAUUCUGUUGCAUUACAAAGUGGGAUUAUUUUGUGUCACUGAUCUACACAAAAUACUCCAUAAUGUCAAAAUAAUAUUUUUGUUUGACAAAUUAAUGAAAAAUGUAUCACUAAAAUGUCUUGGUUGCACACGUAUUCAACCUCUUUGUUAUGGCAAGAUUAGAUAAGUUCAGGAGUAAAAAUGUGCUUAACAAACCAUAUAAUAAGUUGCAUGGACUCUGUGUGCAAUAAUUGGGGUUAACAUGAUUUUUUAAUGACUACCCCAUCUCUGUACCCCUCACAUACAAUUAGCUGUAAGGUCCCUCAGUUGAGUAGUGAAUUUCAAGCACAGAUUAAACAAGAAAGACCAGGGAGCUUUUUCAAUGCUUCGUGAAGAAGGGCACCGAUUGGUAGAUGGGUUAAAAUAAAAAAAGCAGACACUGAAUGUCCCUUUGAGCACGGUGAAGCUAUUGAUUAGGCUUUGGAUGGUGUAUCAAUAUACUCAGUCACUACAAAGAUACAGGUGUCCUUGCUAACUGAGUUGCCGGUGAGAAAGGAAAUCUCUCUGGGAUUUCAUUAUGAGGUCAUUGUUGAUUUUAAAACAGUUACAGAGUUUAAUGGCUGUGAUAGGAGAAAACUGAGGAUGGAUCAACAGUGCAGUUAAUACACAAUAACAACCUGAAUGACAGAGUGAAAAGAAGGAAGCUUGUACAGAAUACAAAUAUUCCAAAACAUGCAUUCUGUAUGCAACAAUGCACUACACGUGGCCCCGUGUAGCUCAGUUGGUAGAGCAUGGCGCUUGCAAUGCCAGGGUUGUGGGUUCGAUUCCCACGGGGGGCCAGUAUGAAAAUGUAUGCACUCACUAACUGUAAGUCGCUCUGGAAAAGAGCGUCUGCUAAAUGACUAAAAUGUAAAACUACAUUGAUACUGCAAAAAAUGUGGCAAAAUAAUGAACUCUUUGUGUUCAGGACAAAAAGUUAUGUUUGGGACAAAUCCAACAACACAUCUCUGAGUACCACUCUCCACAUUUUCAAGAAUUGUGGUGGCUGCGUCAUGUUAUGGAUAUGCUUGUCAUCGGCAAGGACUGGGGAGUUUUUCAGGAUAAAAUUUACCUCUACGGGAUCAGCCAGUCCUCCAACUGGUUUGAUACAUUCACCUCUGAAGGUAAAUAAUGUACUUACAUUCAGUAAUCUUACUCUGAUUUGUCAUCCUAAGAGUCUCAGAGAUAAAAUGUAGCAUAGUUUUGUUUGAUAAAAUCAAUUUUUAUAUUCAAAUUUAGGAACUGGGUUCUACAGUUUGAACCCCUGCUGUCUCUGGCUCCACACCCACUCCGCCCAGCCAUCUAGAUAUGUGAAAGUUAGUGUAUAAGCUAAUGAUCCAUCAUGUAUGACAUUCCUUGGAGUGUGUAAACUUACAUUUUGUAUUUCCAUAUCAUUUUUGUAUGUUCUCUAUAGUUAUGUACUUGAAAAUGUAUCAAUUGACCAAUUCGGCACAUUUGGGCGGACUUGAUACAAAAUAGUCCAGUAUUGCAAUGCUUCACUGGAUCAAUCUGAAACUUUGUACACAAUGCUGCCAUCUAGUGGCCAGAAUCUAAACUGCGCCUGAACUGCAAUAUCAUUGUGGCCUUUCUCUUGCAUUUCAAAGAUGCUGAAACUUUUUUGGGGGGGAAAAGCAUGGUUUUUUGUUUGUAUCAUCUUUUACCAGAUCUAAUGUGUUAUAUUCUCCUACAUUAAUUUCACAUUUCCACAAACUUCAAAGUGUUUCCUUUCAAAUGGUAUAAAGAAUAUGCAUAUCCGUGCUUCAGGUCCUGAGCUACAGGCAGUUAGAUUUGGGUAUGUCAUUUAAGGACAAAAUUGAAAAAAAGUGUCCAAUCCUUAAGAGGUUAAAGAGAAUAGAGUUAAACACAGGCAAAAUCCUAGAGGAAAACCUGGUUCAUUCUGCUUUCCACCAGACACUGGGAGAUGAAUUCCCCUUUCAGCAGGACAAUAACCUAAAACACAAGGCCAAAUCUACACUGGAGUUGCUUACCAAGAAGACAGUGAAUGUUCCUGGGUGGCUGAGUUACAGUUUUGACUUAAUCUACUUGAAGAACUAUGGGAAGACUUGAAAAUGUCUGUCUAGCAAUGAUCAAGAACAACAUUUAAAGAGCUUGAAGUAUUUUGAAAAAAGUAACGGGCAAAUAUUGCACAAUCAAGGCGUGCAAAGCUCUUUGAGUUAUCCAAAAAGACUCAAUAGCUGUAAACGCUGCCAAAGGUGUUUCUAACAUAUUGACUCAGGGGGUGAAUACUUAUCUAGUCAAUAUACACUGAGUGUACAAAACAUUAAGAACACCUGCUAUUUCCAUGACAGACUGACCUGGUGAAUUCAGGUGAAAGCUAUGAUCCCUUUUUGAGGUACUUAUUAAAUCCACUUCAAUCAGUGUAGAAGGGGAGGAGAAAGGUUAAAGAAUAAUUGUUAAGCAUUGAGGAGAUUGAGACAUAGAUUGUGUAUUUGUGCCAUUCAGAGGGUGAAUGGGCAAGACAAAAUAUUUAAGUGCCUUUGAACAGGGUAUGGUAGUAGGUGCCAGGUGCACCGGUUGGAGUGUUUCAAGAACUGCAACGCUGCUGGGUUUUUCACGCUCAACAGUUUCCCGUGUGUAUCAAGAAUGGUCCGCCACCCAAAGGAAAUCCAGCCAACUUGACACAACUGUGGGAGGCAAUGAAAUCAAAAUUGGCCAGCAUCCCUGUGGAAUGUCUUUGACAACUUGUAGAGUCCAUACCCAAACUAAUUGAGGCUGUGCUGAGGGCAAAAGGGGGUGCAGUUCAAUUAUAGGAAGGUGUUCCUAAUGUUCCAGUUUGACAUUACAGAGUAUAAUGUGUAGAUCAUUGACAACAUUUCUUAAUUAAAUCAAUUUUAAUCCCACUUUGUAACACAAUAAAAUGUGAAUAAAUCCAAGGGGGUGAAUUCUUGAUAGGCACUGUACUUAAUUAUAUAUACACUAUGUAUAUGGUGCUAUAGCAGUGGUAAAAGGAUCAAUGAAUCUCAAGACCCUUUUUGUAGGGUUAAGUAACAUUUAUAGCCUACUGGAAUCGUGGUUGAUACAUGGUAGCCAUUUUGUGUCAAAACACAGGAAGAAUAUACCAUGCAUGUUAUAAUACUCAGACCAUCCCUGUGCCAUUGUGUGUCUGUUUAUGCCAGUGUCUCUGGGGUGUAAGGCGGUCCCAGGGCAGUACUACGACAGGCUGCUGAAGAAGUGUCUGAGGUGUGCUGCGGUGUGUGGCAACCAUCCCUCAGAGUGUUCCAACCAGUGUCAGAGUGAGUGAACAGUAUUCUAAAGUACUAUACAUCCACCCAGUAUGUUGUAGAUAUCACAAAACAUAUAGGACACUGAGAAUAUUAGGUGCUAAAUGUCCUCUUUUUGUCUCACUCUCGCUCUCUGUAACACACACACACCUCUCUCAAACCAUCAUAAGAGUUUGUACACUACUAAGUAAUUCAUUGAGCCUACAGCCAUCUCCAAUAUAGUUUCUGGCAGUCGAUCCAAUAUGUAUAACAACUGACAUGCAAGCGACCCCUUCACAAGUGCAGCAGCUUCCACUCACAGGAAUAUUCUUUCCUUUUUGUUUUUUGUUUUAAGAAGCAGAGUUCAGAGCAAACGGACGAGCGUUUCGUCAGCAAUUCGUCAAGGCUGUGGCCGAAACGCGUCCGUUUGCUCUGACCUCUGCUGCUAAGUGGUCUAAGACACUGCAUCUCAGUGCUUGAGGCGUCAAUACAGACCCCCUGGUUCGAUUCCAGGCUGUAUCACAACCGGCCGUGAUUGGGAGUCCCAUAGGGUGGCGCACAAUUGGCCCAGCGUCGUCCGGAUUUGGCCGGUGUAGGCCGUCAUUGUAAAUAAGAAUUUGUUCUUAACUGACUUGCCUAGUUAAAUACAAUUUAAUAAAAAAUAAAAAAAUAAAAAGAUAUGAUUUGAAAACUUUAAGAAUAUUCCAGUGUAGGUUUUUCCCUUUCUUAAAAUAUAUGCCUUUUGAACCCAGCACCCAAAUUCUUUUUUCUACUACAAACAUUUGAGUUGGGCUCGCCAAUUCCUUUUUCAAAUGCCCUUUUACCCAGCCCAGCCCUUUUACCCAGCUUCAUUACCUCAGGAUUACACAGCUGGACUAGCUCAAAUGUAUUAUCUAAGUCCCAAACGGUACCCUCCCAUAAGGCCCUAGUAAAAAGUAGUGCACUAUAUAGGGAAUAGGGUGCCAUUUGGUGUUUUCUCUAAUUCAGUUAAAUUUAAAUAAGACAACUUUGGGAUUAAAUGCAUUUGGCUUUGAUGAUGUUCAGAACUGAGAACUGUCUAGAAGUAGAGCUUUGACAUUUGGAAAUGGUGAAUAAGUUAUGUUACAACUCACUUCACAUUACAUGGAUGUUAUUGCAGGGUACAUAAGGAUUGAAUUUUAGUCAUUUAAUUCCCUCAAGCCCAACAGCCUGCCUUGAUUGCAAUCUUGAGGCCUGUGGAUGGGAAUGCCUUCCAGAACCAUACCACCAGGGGGGGCUACCUACCCAGAGGCCUGCCAAACUCAGUCAUCCUGGUGUACUCUCUUCUGGGCCUGUGUCUGGCUCUGCUGCUGUUGACCCUGUCUGUGGCUCUGCUGGUGCUGCUGAGGAGGGCCAGAGCCAUGGGCCCCCGACCAGGGGCCACACAGAACAGUCACACCCAGGGUCAUAGAGGCCAGGAGGGCCAAGAGCCUAACCAGCACAGCCAGUCCUCCAAAGGUCAGUUUGGGCACACAUCUAGUCUAAAAGGUAGUCCAGGGCACAUCUUCAUAAAGCCACUCAGAGUAAGAGUGCUGAUCAAGGAUCAGGUCCCCCCCUGUCCAUUUAUUUAUAUUCAUUAAGAUCUAAAAGGCAAAACUGAUCCAAGAUCACAAUCUUAUAACUCAACAUGGCUCCUUUUAGAUUGCUUAUCUCUCUCUGUGUGUGUGUGUGUGUGUACGUACCAUCUUUAGAUUGCCUGAUGGAUCCGUCCCUGCCCCAGCUGAACAGUGUGACAGCGAGCCGUUCGUCCAGCCCAACAGAGACCUGUGUGUGUGUCCACUGCUUCCCUGACCUCGGCGUGCCUGGCAGGGGAGAGAAAAAGCAGAGACCCCCUCUCACCCUCUACCAGCAGGCUGUCCCCCAGGACUUCCACUCUCCUACCAGAGCCCCUCAUUGUGGCUCAUCACAGAGAAUAAUUUGCUCCCCCUGUCAGCCCAGCUUCUGA